AUGGGGAGUGUCGGAUUGGAAGUUUUAUGGUCGAACGUUUAUCCCGAUAAGUUCGUUACUUGGGGUACAGCAAUUUAUUUAUACGAAAUAAGUAUCAUAAAAAAUACGUCAUUGAAAACAAUAUCGCAUGUAAAAACAUCCGACACCACUCAUGCAACCCUGUUGGCAACGAAUUCCACGCAUCGUUAUGUUAAGUGUGUGGACAUCUGUCCCCGAAAAGACAUUGAUAUCUUAUUAGCGAUUGGACAAGCUAAUGGGAAAGUAGUUUUGGAUUCAUUCGGUUCUUCUGAUUCUGAUGCAGUCGGAUGUGAAUUUUCACCUCUUCAUCCUCGUCCGUGUAAUGCCGUCGUUUGGAAUCCUUUUGAAACUAAUAUCAUAGCUGCCGGACUUGAAAAAUUUCGCACUGAACCUGCCGUGUCUUUAUGGGAUGCAUUUCGUUAUUCACGUCACGUGCCCGAUGAAGGACAAAAUGUCAAAGCUUUGUUGGAAAUUGGAAUGUCCGACACGGCUCAUUCUCUUGCUUGGAUAAAUUCCUACUGCCUUGUCGCCGGUUUCAAUAACAAAUGCCUUAAAAUAAUAGAUCGCAGAGAUUCUGCGAAAAUAGUUAAUAGUACGAUGACCAAAGCCGUAUAUGGAAUCAAUAUGGAAAUCCAUAAUAAACACACGCUCGCUUCAUUUUUUGAAAAUCAAAUUUGCGUUUGGGACGUUAGGAAUUUCGAAAAACCGAUAUCGACAAUUACUAGACCAAAAUCUAUUGCAAAAAUUUUAUGGUGCCCGACUAGAUCGAACCGUUUGGGAUCUUUACAAAGGGAUAGUAAUGUAAUAAUGCUACACGAUUUGCAAAUGGCUUCCGUCGGUAAUGAAGAUGUUGAGCCUCCCAUGCUGGAAAGAUCUGUUCAGCCCUCUUCAGGAUAUAAUAUAGCUUCAUUUUCUUGGCAUCCGUUCAACGAAAGUAGAUUAUUAACUAUAUCACUAUCUGGUCAAAUUACCGAUUAUUCCCUGACCGAAAGAAUUACAUUAAACUGGUUACCGUGUUCUCAACUUGUAUGGACUCACGGUGGAAAAUAUCUCAAGAUACUUAAAGAAAGUAAUGAUCUCUAUGUUUCAUUAAACGACGUGUCUUCGAAAAUUAAAAGGCGUGCUCUUUUAGAAUAUGGUUUAAAACCGGAUUUAGCGCAAAAUGGAGAAUUAGCAGAGGAUGAAAAUUUAAAAAAUUUAUGGACGUGGUUUCACUCGAGUAGAAAUUUAGUCGAAAAAGGAAUAAUUAAAAGUCACUCCAACUUUCAUCCAGGAGUUUUAAGUGUUAUUAAUUUAGAAACUCUCAAAUCUCAUUCCAAUCACAUAACUUGGCCAGAUUUUAACAAUUCGGCUUAUAUAAAAAUUUAUAGGAGUGAAGAAAGAGAUGCUGCUUUACAACUGUGCGGAUGGAAAUUUGAAAGAGAUUCAUCUGGAGUUGUGGAUUUUGUUCAAAAACUACAAAGUCGGGGGAUGUACUCUCGAGCAGCAGCAAUUGCAAUUUUCAAUUUAAAAUUACGACUCGCUAUAAAUAUUUUAAAUGUAGAAGAAGAAAAUCAAAACAAAAGAAAUAAAACAUCAAAUUUAGGCAUUAUCGUUAUGGCUCUUUCGGGGUUUUCCGAUGAGAGAACGAGUAUGUGGCGGGAAAAUUGCGUACAAUCUCGAGCAUGUUUGACCGAUCCAUAUAUGCGUGCAAGUUUUGCUUUCAUGACUGCGGAAAAUGAAAAUUACGACAGCGUGUUGAGCGAAUAUGGAAUGGCGGUCGAAGAUCGCGUAGCCUUUGCUUGCAUUUAUUUAAACGAUACCAAGCUCACGGAGUAUUUAAUAAGACUGUCGGAUACGUUAGUAGAAGAAGGAGAUUUAGCCGGCAUAUUGCUCACCGGAGCUUCUUUAGAAGGAGCUAAGCUUUUACAAAAAUAUUUAGACUUUACCGGGGACGUUCAGAGCGUUAGUUUAUUGGGCGUUAGAGCUUUUCCCCUAGAAAUACAAAUGAAUUCAAAUGUACAAAACUGGUUUUCUAGUUAUCAACAACUUUUAGAUUCGAAAAAAUUAUGGGAACAACGAGCACAUUUUGAUUUAGCUCUUAACUCUGUUAACCAAUCAGAUAAAUUACAACAGCAAGUUUUUGUUCUGUGCAAUUUUUGCGGAAAGAGCAUUUCCUCGUACGUUCAAGGAGUUACGAGAACAAGAACUCAAUAUCCCAGAGUCGGGCCAAAUAAUAAUAAAUUAAAAAUGUCGAGUUGUCCGAACUGCAGGAAACCGUUGCCACGAUGCGCUAUUUGUUUGGCUCACAUGGGAACUCCGCUGAACGAAUCUUUCUCAAGUAAAAAAGUAUCGAAUUUGGCAUCUUGGUUUACGUGGUGUCAAAGUUGCAGGCACGGAGGUCAUGCUGGACACAUAAAUAAUUGGUUUGAAAAGCAUUCGGAAUGCCCAGUGACCGGGUGUUGUUGUAAAUGUUUUUCAUUAGAUUCGGCGGGUUCCACAUAA